AUGCAAUGCUCUCGAAAACUGCUUUCUCUUCGCGAAUUGAUAAAAUGGAAAGAUGAUGCGGAUGAUGCGGAUGAUGCUUUCGAGCCGCGGUUUUUCUCGGAGCUUUCUUCGACAACCGGGAAACCCUUCGAAGAUGGUACAGCUCGGUCUAUUUUGACCCGCCCUCGGGUGAGCUCGAGUCCCGUCGGGCCAGACAAGCCUCUCUUUCUGCACCGCAAACGCGACUGUCUUGAUGUGUUCGGUCCAGUCGAGGUGGUCACCUCAGCUCGACCAAGAGCUGCUCAAAGUUGUAGCCAAGCCCAGACGGCCGAACGAGAAGAGCCAAACUGCAGGUCUUCCUCGGCAUUUUCACUCUUCUGCUUUUUCCUCGAGCCGAGAAGAGCUUCACACUUGCAAACACAAGUCAAUCGAAGUCUGACGCGCCUGCCUGCAACGCCUGAAGAUGAGCUUCAGACGGUGGGCCUGUACUUCAUACACCUGCCUCUCCCCACCCUCUCUCCGGUUGCCAACGCGCUCGCCCAAGUAGUCUGCGACCAUUGGCCCAUCUCAUUUCGGCCAGACCGGCCCGAUUGUGCGACAUUUACGCGAAUCGGCCCGACCGGUCAACCGAAUGUCAACGGAGCGAAGAGGCGGCUGGAAGCUGUCAACAGUUUCCGCGGCCCAGACGAAAAGCCGAACCGAGCGCAGGCUGGCCUGUCCUUAUCUCAUGCGUGGCGUCAGAGCCGUCGCUUGACCGUCUGC